AGGGGGAUCUCAAAUCCUAAUGCAAGGCAUUGGUCUUCCAACAGCUUCUUUGACUGGACAAGGAGAACCAGCACCAAAACCGAAGCCAGUGUCUUUGCAGUCUGGAGAGACUCCUCCCGUCCAGUGUCCACCUGAUACUGCUGGCAUGGCCAAGCUAAAGAAAAGGACCAUAAAAGCGCCAUUAACACCAACUUUACUACCGCCAAUCCCCCCUAUGCCUUCUUCACCUGUCUCUGGACCUGUACAGUUCCAAGUGAUAGUGACACCACCACUGCCCACAACCAUGGUAACAACUGUACAGCCAGGACAGAAGAGGAAAGCUGUGGAUGCAGGGAUGGUAAAGAAAAGAAAGACCGCAACUGUCAAGUGCCCUAAGUGUGGAGAAGAGAGAACACCUCCCACUCACCAACAGUACAUGGGCUUCAGAUAUUGUGGAAAGACAGAGACAACAUCCUUUGAUGAAUGGAGGGCAAGUUUAAAAGAAAGGGCCAAGAAUAGAAAAGGACCACAGUAGAGCCAUGUGAAGUCUGCAGAAGGGCAGCCAGUUUCCACAGUAGAGCCUCCUCAGUCAUCUGUUGCUACCAUACAUUUAUAUGAAGGACAAUUUGUGGAGAAGGAAAUGGUAGCAACAAAAGCCAUACAAAUUUAAUGCAGCCUGCCCUAUGACAAAUAUUUCUUUUAAUAUUGGGAUACAGUAGAAGGUUCCAAUCCCUUGCAAAAGUAGAGGAAAUUUUUUUAUGACUUUCUUAACUUAUUUCAAAUUUGUCAUAUAUGUUGAUAUUUUCAUGAAAUUGUGUAAAAAAUGUUGGUUUUUCAUAAAUCUGUGUCAUAUAGCAAGUUCUGCAGAGAAGAAAAAGCUUCCAUAGUUCUAUAGCAUCAAAAACAACACUGUCAUUGUAAUGAUAUAGAACAUCUGCUUACUUUUGUCCAGGACUCCAUCCACUUAUUUGGCCAAGUUAGACAAUCCUGAUUCUAAUGCAGACAUUCCAGUCCCCAUGGUCAGAAGCUCUUCAAUCAGGUGAAACACCAGGAACAACAGAGGAAACUGUACCAUCAAAGGAUGACAGUACUGUCAUCAAAGACAAAGUCUCCUGACUCAAUAUUAGGUCUCUAGCAUGUUGGGAUGAAGAGCUACCAAGCUUGUUCAAAUGGAUGACCCCGACCUUCAUUAGAGGUCACAGAGGUCAAA